AUGGUCGGCCCUACGGAAACUCGUAAGAAAAAGAGAAUCCAUCUCAACGGGUUCGACAUGUUUACUGUCAGUCAUUUGUCGUUUGGGCAAUGGCAAAACCCCAAAGACCGGUCGAAAACAAAGCGCCGCGAUCUUUCAUACUGGACAGACCUAGCAAAGAUUUUGGAAAAGGGGGAUUUUACCGCAUUAUUCCUCGCCGAUACCUAUGGAAUCUAUGACACUUACAAAGGAAGCGCCGAGCCAGCCAUCCGUUAUGGUGCUCAAGUACCAAUGGGGGACCCAUCUAUUCCAAUCACGGCAAUGGCCUCCGUAACCAAGAACCUAUUAUUUGCCAUCACCACAUCCACAUCAUAUGAGGCACCAUAUGUUGUUGCAAAGCGAUUCUCAACCCUAGAUCAUUUGACCCAGGGUCGCUUUGGGUGGAACAUUGUAACUUCUUGGAAAGCGUCGGCAUCGAAAGCUCUUGGACUGCCUCUAGUGGAGCACGAUAAACGGUAUGAAAUUGCAGACGAGUAUCUACGUGUCCUAUACAAGCUAUGGGAAGGGAGCUGGGCAAACGAUGCGUUGAAGGAAGAUGUUGAGACGGCUGAAUAUACCGAUCCUGAUCGCAUCAAGUAUGUGCAUCACCAUGGAGAAAACUUCGAACUUGAUGGUGUUCAUAUUCUAGACCCCUCGCCGCAAAGAACGCCAUUCCUAUUUCAAGCGGGAACCUCCCCAGCAGGGAUUGCCUUUGGUUCUACCCACGCGGAAGCAAUCUUUGUCGCAGGAAUCAGCCCACAAGCCGUGGCUCCGAAAGUGAAAGCGAUUCGUGAAGAGGCUGCUAAGAGAGGUCGUGAUCCGAAUUCCGUAAAGAUAUUCCCCGUGAUCACCCCGAUCAUUGGCCGGACUGAGGAGGAGGCCCAAGAGAAGUAUGAAGAGGCCUUAAAAUAUGCCAACCACGAAGCUGGUCUUGCGUUCUGGUCUGGCGGAAGUGGCAUCGAUAUAAGCCAAUUUGACCUGGAUCAGGAAAUCAAGCCAACCGAUGUUCAUGUGGAUGCGCGUGUGCAUACAACGCUGAGUCACCUUCAGCAUACUAGUCCUGAUAUUCCGGCAUGGACACCGCGAAACAUUGGGAAAUGGAUUGCACUUGGUGCAAAUGGACCUAUUCCAGUUGGAACACCUCAGAGAGUGGCAGAUAUUCUGGAAGAGUGGGUGAACGUAGCAGACGUGGAUGGGUUUAAUAUCGGUUAUAUUAUUUCACCGGCUUCAUUCGAGGAUGUCACCGAACUUUUGGUACCGGAACUACGGAGAAGAGGGCUAUACGACGCUUUGCCAGGAAGCACGCUGAGAGAAAAAAUAUAUGGCGAAGGUCAGAAAUCCUUGAGGGAUGACCAUGCUGGGAGCCAGUACAAGUAUGAUGUAUAUGAUGGAAAGUAA